AUGAAAUGGCCCGACUCGGAUCAAGCAGCAACACCGUCGCUGGUGCAUGGACUUGUAGAGCAAGACGUCACCACCAACAGCAUCAAUGCCGCAACAAAUACACUCAUUCUGUCUAGCCUGCCGGUGGAGUUCUUCAUCCCACAUAUUUGCUCGCUGCUUCUAUCGCUGCUUAACACGUAUGGCGCUAUGGUACGCUGGACACCAUUGCCAUCGGUGGGGCGGGCAGUGGUGGUGUUUGAGGACUCGGCGGGUGCCGCCUUGGCAAAGGCAGGACUGGACCGGCUCGUGCUGCCGUUUGAGGAUAGCGAUGUGCAAGGUGUGCAGCGCGCAUCAGAUGCCGACGACGGCACCAUCUUGCGUGCCGUCUUCGGCGCGGCGACUGACCCCGCAGUCGAGCCAGAGACUUUGGCGGUGCCGACUACCGACAAGAACUUCCUGAUCUCGCCACCAGGCAGUCCACCUGUGGGCUGGGAACCCAUUCGGGAAGAUCCACCCAAUCGUGACACGCUAGCCGAAGAUUUAAUGAAGGCACUAGCGGAUUUGCGCGAUACAGGCAGUCACAUCGAAUCGCAUCAACCGAGAGUAUGGGGCGAAGGCGCGUCAGACGAACCCAGUGAAGCCGAGCGCAAAAGUGGUGGAGCUGGUACGCCGGAAGUUAUCAUCGCACCCAGUACCGCACCGGUGCUGCGCAACUUCAAACCUAGCUGGCUCCGCGAUGAUCGAGAAGAUGCCCAGUCCGCUCAGAGCCAAGAGGAGAUGGACGUGCCGGGUGUCACUGUGCAGGCGUUUGAUGGAGACGAUGUUAACGACGGUGCGGCGGGAGGAGCAAAAUUGUACAACGGAUUCAGCAUCAGUUCGGUCAAAGCGACCGUAGACUCGCUACGAGGGCCAACACCAAGCAUGGGAUUGGAGCUGAGUUCUGAUCUCGGUACAUCACAGCUAGGCGUCACAGGAUCGCGACGCAUCACACCGACCGGUCGACCACCUUUGAACGGCGGCGGGGAUUACCGUCAAGCAUAG